AUGAAGUUGCCACACUCCAGUAAACUUAAUCGUGCCACAGGGCAUCGUAUGGCCAUGUUGAGGAACAUGGUUUCUUCUUUAAUUGAGCAUGAAAGAAUCAAAACUACUUUAGCUAAGGCUAAAGAAGCACGAAAACUAGCCGAUAAG